AUGGAUCUAAAUAGUGCCACAUCUACUAAAAUUUUACUAAAAUGGACAAAAGCAAUUCCACAGGCAUUACCACCUACCAAAUGUUCCAAGAAAGCAGCUGGUUAUGAUUUAAAAAGUGCCUUUGACUAUAUAGUUCCAGCUAGAGGUAAAGUUACUAUUGAUACAGGCAUUAAAGUAGAAUUACCAGAGGGUUGCUAUGGUAGAAUUGCUCCACGUUCUGUAUUAGCAGCCAAAAAUUUCAUUGAUAUUGGAGCCGGAGUAGUAGAUGAAGACUACAGGGGUGUUUUAAAGGUAAUUCUAUUUAACGAUUCCAAUGAAAAUUUCCAGGUUAAAAUUGGUGAUCGUAUUGCACAAUUGAUAUGUCAAAAAAUCUAUUACCCAGAAUUAAAAGAAGUUCAGAGUCUUACAGAAAGCGAAAGAGGUGAAGAUGGUUUUGGAUCCAGUGGAAAAAACUAA